AUGGAGUCCAACAACAUUUUCCCAACUCUUACACUUUCCACUUUUACUGUGAUUGUUGUGCUGGUGUAUCAGUACUACUAUGUGGUGCCUUCGAAUGCUGAGCUUCAAGUCGGGUUUUAUGAUGCCUCGUGCAGUUCAGCCGAGUUCAUCGUCAAGAAUGAGGUUCAGAGGGCUUUCUUCACUGACAGGGGAAUAGCUGCUGGCCUCGUUAGAAUGCAUUUUCACGAUUGUUUUGUCCGAGGUUGUGAUGGAUCAGUACUCAUUGAUUCAACUCCUUCCAACACAGCAGAGAAAGAUGCACCAGCUAAUAAUCCAAGUCUGAGAGGGUUCCAAGUGAUCGACAACGCAAAGAGCAGACUGGAAUUCUUGUGCCCAGGCACUGUUUCCUGUGCUGAUAUACUUGCUUUUGCAGCCAGGGACAGCGUUGAAUUGACAGGAGGCUUUGGCUACGACGUACCUGCAGGUAGGAAAGACGGCAGAAUUUCACUGGCCACUGAGGCAUCAGCAAACUUGCCAGGUCCAUCGUUCAGCGUCAGUCAGCUCAGACAGGCAUUCGCCAACAAGGGACUAAGACAGGACGAGAUGGUAACGCUGUCAGGGGCACACACCAUCGGGCGUUCCCAUUGUACGUCAUUCAGCAACAGGCUUUUCAAUUUCAACACAACAACGAACCAAGACCCGAGUUUAGAUCCAGUUUACGCAUUGCAGCUGAGCCGGCAGUGUCCACCAGGAAGUACAAAUCCGAACUCAGUGGUGCCGAUGGACCCUUUCACCCCCACAAUCAUGGACACAAGCUACUACAACAACAUUCUUGCCAGCAGAGGCUUGUUCACUUCAGACCAAACUCUGUUGACAAAUUCUGCGACAGCAAAUGAAGUGAUUGCGAAUUCUCAGAGCCCUUUUGUUUGGAGAAGUAAGUUUGCUGAUGCAAUGGUAAGAAUGGGUCAAAUUGGGGUCUUAACUGGAGAAGUAGGAGAAAUUCGAGCCAACUGCAGAGUAAUCAAUUAA